UCCGAGCCCCCCGCCCCUCGGCGGCGGGGCCGGGUCUCGGACUGGCGGGGCGGCGGCGGGAGAGGCGAUUGGCGGCUCGGCCGGGUCCGCCCCUCGGUGUGGGGGGCGCAGGGCGGCGCGCUCGAGCUGGAGCGCGCAGCUCCCGCCGCCGGCGAACGCGGGCUCCUGCUCUGUUGGCCUCGCCUCGUUGCGCCCGGCCUGCCCGCCUCCGGAGCCGCCUCUGCCCAUGGAUGGGCUGGGGACGUUGGGAGGAGCGAGCCGGAGCCCGCGCCGGGCGCGCCCCGCCGCUGCCUGACUCGGCGCCCGCAGUCUGGGCGCAGCGCGCCGGCAGCAGGAGCGCGGAUGCCCCUCGGAGCCGCGGGCUGGCAGGUUGUUGGUCCUGAGGCUGCCGGCAGAAUAUGGGUACAACGGCCAGCACGGCCCAGCAGACGGUCUCAGCGGGUGCCCCCUUCGAGGGCCUCCAGGGUGGCAGCACGAUGGAUGGGCGGCACUCUCUCAGUGUCCACUCCUUCCAGACCACGGGCUUGCACAACAGUAAGGCCAAGUCCAUCAUCCCCAACAAGGUGGCCCCCGUCGUGAUCACGUACAACUGCAAGGAGGAGUUUCAGAUCCACGAUGAGCCGCUCAAGGCGCAUUACACCCUGGGCCGGCUCUCGGACACCACACCCGAGCACUACCUGGUGCAGGGACGCUAUUUCCUGGUGCGGGAUGUUGCUGAAAAGAUGGACGUGCUGGGCACUUUGUGGAGCUGUGGGGCCCCCAACUUCCGGCAGGUGCAGGGUGGGCUAGCUGUGUUCGGCAUGGGACAGCCCAGCCUCUCAGGGUUCAGGCGGGUCCUCCGGAAACUCCAGAAGGAUGGACACAGGGAGUGUGUCAUCUUCUGUGUGCGGGAGGAGCCCGUGCUGUUUCUGCGUGCUGGUGAGGACUUCGUGCCCUACACGCCUCGGGACAAGCAGAACCUUCGCGAGAACCUCCAGGGCCUCGGACCCAGGGUCCGGGCAGAGAGCUUGGAGCUGGCCAUCCGGAAAGAGAUCCAUGACUUUGCCCAGCUGAGUGAGAACACAUACCAUGUGUACCACAACACCGAGGACCUGCAGGGGGAGCCCCACACCGUGGCCGUCCGGGGUGAGGAUGACGUGCAUGUGACUGAGGAGGUGUACAAGCGGCCCCUCUUCCUGCAGCCCACCUACAGGUACCACCGCCUGCCCCUGCCGGAGCAAGGGGCCCCCCUGGAAGCCCAGUUCGAUGCCUUUGUCAGUGUCCUCCGGGAGACCCCCAGCCUGCUGCUGCUCCGUGGUGUCCAUGGGCCUCCCCCUGCUCUCCUCUUCAGCUGCCAGACGGGUGUGGGCAGGACCAACCUGGGCAUGGUCCUGGCUACCCUCAUCCUGUUCCACCACGGCGGGACUGCCUCCAGGCCAGAGCCCGUCCCCUCGCAGACCAAGCCACUGCCCAUGGAGCAACUCCAGGUGAUCCAGAGCUUUCUCCACAUGGUGCCCCAGGGAAGGAAGAUGGUGGAGGAGGUGGACAGAGCCAUCGCGGCCUGUGCAGAGUUGCAUGACCUGAAGGAAGUAGUCUUGGAAAACCAGAGGAAGCUGGAAGGUGUCCGGCAGGAGACCCCCGCAGAGGGAGGUGGCGGCCAGCACGGUGUCCGGCAGAGGGCGCUGCGGAGCCUGGAGCGGUACUUCUACCUGAUCCUGUUUAACUACUAUCUCCACGAGCAGUACCUGCUGGCCUUUGCCCUCAGUUUCAGCCGCUGGCUGUGUGCCCACCCUGAGCUGUACCGCCUGCCUGUGACACUGAGCUCAGCGGGGCCCGUGGUCCUUGGGGACCUCAUCACCGAGGGCUCCCUGGGAGCCGAUGAUCUUGUCUCCCCGGAUGCCCUCAGCACCGUCAGAGAGAUGAAUGUGGCGAACUUUCGGCGGGUGCCCCGUAUGCCCAUCUAUGGCAUGGCCCAGCCCAGCGCCAAGGCCCUGGGAAGUAUCCUGGCCUACCUGACCGACACCAAGAGGAAGCUGCGGCAGGUCGUUUGGGUCAACCUGAGGGAGGAGGCUGUGCUGGAGUGUGACGGCCACACCCACAGCCUGCGGUGGCCUGGGCCCCCCAUGGCUCCUGACCAGCUGGAGAAUCUGGAGACCCAGCUGAAGGCCCACCUGAGCAUGCCUCCCUCGGCCACAGAGGGCCCGCGGGCCCACAGGUUCCAGACGUGCCUCACCACACAGGAGGUCUUCAGCCAGCACCGCGCGGCCUACCCCAGCCUCACCUACCACCGCAUCCCCGUGCCAGACUUCUGCGCCCCCCGCGAGGAGGAUUUUGACCGGCUGCUGGAGGCCCUGCAGGCUGCCCUCGCCAAGGACGCAGGCACGGGCUUUGUAUUCAGCUGCCUCAGCGGUCAGGGCCGGACCACGACUGCCAUGGUGGUGGCUGUGCUCGCCUUCUGGCACAUCCAGGGCUUCCCCGAGGUGGGCGAGGAGGAGCUCGUGAGCGUGCCUGAUGCCAAGUUCACCAAGGGCGAGUUUGAGGUGGUGAUGAAGGUAGUGCAGCUGCUCCCCGAUGGGCACCGCGUGAAGAAGGAGGUGGAUGCGGCCCUAGACACUGUCAGCGAGACCAUGACACCCAUGCACUACCACCUGCGGGAAAUCAUCAUCUGCACCUACCGCCAGGCAAAGGUGGCGCGGUCGCAGCAGGAGGCCGGGAGGCUGCGCCUGCGGAGCCUGCAGUACCUGGAGCGCUACGUCUGCCUGGUGCUCUUCAACGCUUACCUCCACCUGGAGAAAGCCGGCUCCUGGCAGAGGCCCUUCAGCGCCUGGAUGCGGGAGGUGGCAUCGAAGGCCGGAGUCUAUGAGAUCCUCAACCAGCUGGGCUUCCCUGAGCUUGAGGAUGUGGAGGACCAGCCCUUCUCGAGACUGCGCUGCCGGUGGCAGGAGCAGAGCCACAGCCCCGAGCCUUCCGCUGCCGGGGACUUCCUGUAGGACAUGCUCCCCCUGGCCCUGCCCGCUCCUUCCCACAGGACCCCAUGCAGGCUGGAGUGUGUGAGGUGCUCUUCACUGGGAGUGGCCCUGGGACACAAUUCCCCAGCUUCCCAGAGAGACUGGGGUGGGAUCGGGACCCCUGUUUUGAAAGAGCUUUUUAUAGGACAGUCAGCACACAGCCAUGCCUUGGAACUACCCCCCAGGGAGGCCUGGGGUGCGCCUUGCAGACUAGCUGGCCUGGCCUCAGCCCUCCAAGGAGCUCACUCCCCAAGGUGCGAAACCAAGCUGCUGGCCACUUCCGCGCCCUUCCCCCAGUGUGGCUCUGACAGCCCAUGGCGCCUGUUGGACCGCACGGCCAGCCUGGUGCCCUUCUCUUUCUUCCCCUGGCUGCUGCUCUCCGGCCAGGCGGCUCUCCUUUGGCUGCCUGAGUGCUGCCCUGGGGCCCCUGGUGUCCUGGGGAGUGGACGGCGCUCUGGGUGGAUUUGUUACUUUGAAGGCAGCUUUACCCAGGUUUCCUGCCUUUCAUGCCCCAUCUCCAACCUGGAGACUCCAGCAAGGACAGCCACAUGGUCCAGUGGGUCCCGUCAAGGCCGCUGCCUUGCCCUCUGUCCCCUCCCCGGGGCUGGCAGGACUGUGGAGGUUUCCAAGGAGCGGGAAACAUCAGAGAUCCCCUCUUGGGGAGGAGAGAGCUUCCAGAAGUGGUGCAGCGCUGUGGAAGAGGCCUGCUCCAUUUCCCCGGAGCCUGGGCUGAGGAGGCCCAAGCCCCCAGCUGCAGGUACCUCUGCACGUCCUCCCUGCCCCACCAGCCCAUGGUGGCCCCGUGGCCCCACCUGCUGCAGCAGGAGCCCCGAGGACGGCCCGGCACCCUGAGAGCUGUGGAGUGUGUGACGGUGGGCUGAGGAUGGCGUGAGGCAUCUCCUGGAUUCCAGGCCAUCCUUGCUGAGCACUAUCGAGCUGCCUUCCAGUGGCAGCAGCAGGGGCCGAGCGCGGCUGAGUCCGCUCGGGACCAGCUCUGAGCAGACGGCGGGAAGGCUACUCGGAGACGCGGGAGAGGCGGUGGUGUUGAGUGAGUCUUGCAGCUCUGCCUCUGGGGACUGGUGUCUGCUGAAACCAGGGGCUAAGCAGUGCAGAGGCUGGCCUCUGGCCUGGCUCGUUGGAGGCCUUUCUGGUUGGGCGUAUGCACUUCUGCAGAAAAACAGGCAGGUGUAUCACUGGUCAUGGUAUUUGAAAAGGGGAGAAGAGGCCGAAGUUGUUCCUGUCUACCUAGUAUUGGAAAAUAUUUGACCAUCUUGGCUGAAUUCUUUUGCAAAACUACUGUAUGGCUGUUCACUACCUUCUCAGAUUUGUUGUUGUUCUCGUUUUUAUUUUUGCAUGUAUUAAAAAGUUUUAAUUUCUUUGCAGACAACGUCUAGAUGAAGGAUCAGAGGUCAGGGCUGACUUGGGAGGGCUUUUUCGUAGUCUUAGGGUUGACCCUGACUUUGAGCUGUGCUGCGACCACUGGCCGGUCACUUCACCUCUCUGCCUCAGUUUCCCCAUCUGUAAAAUGGGAGAAUAAUACUUGCUUACCUACCUCACAGGGGUGUUGUGAGGAUUCAUUUGUGGGUUUUUUUUUGUACAGAGCUUUUGAGCAUUAAAAAUGGCUAAAUAUGAA